AACAUCCGACUAAACUAGGAACUCCGGUAUUUUACCAGCGAGAGGCGGUGAGGCACGUAGGCUACGCCUACGAAGCGAACAUAGGCGAACCGGAGGGUGCCUUGCGAAGCCGAACCCGCCGUUACAUUCAGUAAGCGAAGCUAUUGGCGACACAUUCAGGAGCAUCGUUUCUAGUUUCCAGUCGAUAAUACCAAGGCCAGGUGUGCUUGCGGGCCCUUUCAGGACUAGCUGGCCACAUUUCUCCCUGGCUACAGCCUGGCUACAGCCACCAAUAUACGCGAAAUCCUAGUUAUAGCGCUCACGAAAUUCCACGUGCCACCGAUCACUUCGCCCAUAGUUCGUUACCACGCCGCUUUUGCUGCAUCAGAUGACCCGUGACAGUCCGAGAGUGGAUUUCUGAUUCGUUGCUUUUUUGUAAAGCCGCGAUGCCUUCAUUGUGCACCCGAGCCCUGGUAGUCGUGUUAGCCAUUGCUCAGGUGGUAAACAUCGCGACUUGCUUCUCGUCAGCAGCAGCAGCGGCGGCGCAUUCGCUUCAUGGCGAGGCGUUAGCAGGUGCUGGCCUUUCAGCCUCCUCCUCCUCUGCUUUAGGGUUCAACCAGAGACCAAGAGCCAGCAGCAGUGACUCGCUAUUGCAGGAGUCGCCUACGAGAAGAUCGCUUAAGGCUGCUGAGGGGGGCGCACGUGGGACGUGUGCCCAGUGUGCGGAGCAGUUGAAGGAGCUCCAAGAAUGGUUCACAGAGUUUGAAGCAGGCAAGCUGGAUGAUAAAGAGGGGCAGCAGGGGGAAGGGCGGGGAGGAAGAGGGGGGCGCGGAAAAGGGGGGCCGGGUGGGAGACGCACGGAGGCGGAUGAGGUGAUGGAGCUGCAGAGCCGACUGGUGGAGAGGCAGGGCGAGCUGAAGAGGUUAAAGGCAGAAUACGAGGCCCUACAGAAGCGCCAUGAGAAGGUUACUGCGGACAAGAUUCUGCUGGAUGUGAAGCUCACAGAGUCUGGCGCGGACUGGGGGAAGAAGGCGAUCACCAAGGAGGCUCUCAGCAGCGCAGUGAAGCUGCUGCAGAGCUGCAAGCCGCAGACAGGCCCAGUGAUCACCAAGAAGCGCCCCAACUGGAAGGGCUACUCCUGUUCUGCUACCGAGCGUGAGCUAGAACGCUACAUGGACUACGAAACGAGGGGCAUGUGUCCGGACGACUGGCUGUUCGUUCAGGACCUUAUCUUCCGCAAGGAGUGCCAUUCAUUGCCUAAACGCCGUUGCCUAACGCGGACUGCUCACAAAGUGGUGGAGCCCCUCUCAAGACCGGCGUCCCUCUUCUCUCAAUCCGCACUCCAAGACUCUUCAGUCCGGUGGAACAACCACGCCUGCACCUCCUUCGCAUGCCUCAACGCCCUCUCCCCCUCCGCCCUGUCCGCUGCCACGGCCGGCACGGGGGACGCAUGCGGGCGGCAGCCGGGCGGCGGGGGCUGUUGGAACAUGAGCGCGGAGGAGAGGAGGUGGAUGGCUAAGCCGCCCAAGAACACGGCCGCUGGAGGGUCGCUGACUAUUAAGGAAGUGAUUGCAAUCAAGAAGGGGGCGCUGAGAAUCGGUAUUGACUUCAAUGGAGGAUCAGGCAGCUUUGCAGCGCACAUGGCACGGCACAACGUGACCGUGAUGACGUCAGCAAUGAACCUUGAGGCGAAUGUGGGGCGAAAGAAGGGUCUACCUUUUCUUGAGACAAUUGCCCUGAGGGGACUUGUGCCCCUGUGGCUGCCGUAUAAGGUCCGCCUGCCAUUCUACGACAACACCUUAGACAUCCUCCACGCCACCAACGCCAUCAAAUUCAUGCCAUCGCCAGCUGAAUUCGAGGAGGUUUUAUUCGAAUGGGACCGCGUGUUGAGGGUUGGUGGAGUGAUGUGGUUGGAGGAAUUCACCGCCUCUGCAGCAGAGAUGCCGACCUAUCUGUCAGUGCUAGACCUGCUCAAGUACCGUCACUUGCACUGGAGCCUCACUCCCCCAAAGGCCAUGAUUGGCAAGCCUGCCGGGACUGUCAUUCUGCAUUGUCUCUUGGAGAAGCCCAUGCGGAAAGACCUGUAGCAGACCGGGAUACUCCUCCUGAGUUGAUCAUGUGAGAGAUGUGCAUAUUGCCACCUGCGGGAGCCUCAACACCCCCCAUAGCCAUGAUUGGCAAGCCUGCUGGCACCGUCAUUCUCCACUGUCUCUUGGAGAAGCCCAUGCAGAAAGAUCUGUAGCAGGCUGGGAGGGCCUCAGAUUACAGGCUUUUUACCCUGAUUCAGGGUAAAAUCAGGGUGUUUUUUAGACGGUUUUUUUUUAACACGGGCCUGAAAUUUCAGCUUUUUUUUAGAAGUGAACCCUGAUCGAUUAGCGUGCCUAGUGUAGUGAGGCCUGUUUUUUCCAGCGUCGCAUUCGGGAUCGACCUUGAUAUGUGUAAGGGCGUGGUACUUCGGCUAAACAUGUCAACUUAUACAUAUUAGCUAUGUAGAAGUUAUAGGCUAGACUGAGGUAUGCUUCUAGUGACUACAACCAACUAAUAUUUGUUCUAGGUUUCCAC